AUGGAAGGAGGAAAUGAGACAAUAACAACAGAUUUUCUCCUUCUGGGACUCUUCCCCAAUGUGAAGUAUAUCAGCAUCAUUAUCUACACCAUCAUCCUGAUCUACCUUGUUGCAGUUGCUGGAAACUUUAUCCUGCUUCUUCUGAUAUGGAUGGACUUGAGACUUCAUACCCCAAUGUACUUUCUGCUCAGUCAGCUUUCUUUAGUGGACCUAGCCCUCAUCAGCAGCACUGUUCCAAAGAUGGCCAUCAACUUUUUUUCUGGAAGGAAAAGUAUCACACGUCUUGCCUGUGGAACCCAGAUAUUUUUUUUCUUUACUCUUGGGGGUGCUGAAUGCAUCCUCCUGACCCUCAUGGCAUAUGACCGUUAUGUAGCUGUCUGUAACCCCCUAAGAUAUGCAGUCAUCAUGAACCAGAAAGUCUGUCUGCAAAUGGCCAUAGCAUCCUGGAUUGGGGGCAUGUUAGCUUCAACAGCCCAUACAUUCUAUACCAUGAAUCUGCCUAUCUGUGGCUCUAGGGAAAUACACCAUUUCUUUUGUGAGAUGCCAGCAAUCAUGAAGAUCUCAUGCAAAGACACUUCUACCUAUGAGCUGGUGAUCUUUGUCAUGGGCAUUGCAUUUAUCAUUAUUCCUUUUGUUCUUAUCAUGACUUCCUACACCCUCAUUUUCCUCACUGUCCUUGCUAUGAAAUCACCCCAAGCAAGGAACAAAGCCUUUGCCACCUGUUCCUCACAUAUUACAGUGGUAAGUUUUUAUCUAGGACCAUGUGUUUAUAUGUACAUGACACCUGGGUCCUCCCACACUCCUGAGCAGGAGCAGGCUGUGUCUGUAUUUUGCACCAUUCUCACGCCCAUGCUAAAUCCCCUCAUCUACAGCCUGAGAAAUAAGGAUGUGGUGGGGGCUCUUCAGAAAGUCCUGGGAAAAUAUCCAGUCUCUAAGCAGAACACAUAA